UAAAUACUUUAGAAAUAGCAACGAUAGCAAUAAUAUAAAGUUAGAAACUCUUGAGCGUAAGUGUCGUUCAACAAAUCUUGUUGCUCGCGUGUCCGCUUUCGCCUAUGCUUGUUCUCUUCAACUCUCCUACUCUUUUUCACCCUCUCUCUGCUGCCUCUUUCCUCUUGCUUCCCUUUCUCUCUGCCAUUGGGUCUGCAUAUUCUCUUUUCGAUGGCCAAGCAGGCAGGUACGCACACAUAGGCAUACCGAAGAUCGGUAGUGAAUUGGUGAAUGCACGCAUCGGGCUCUCCUUGCCGACAUUCGUUCUUCCUCAGUGCGUGCCUUACGCGGAUACCGUAAAGUAUAUAUUACUUGUUUCGUAUUAUCUACGUGGCGUUUCAAAAAUUAUAACGAGUACCUCGUUCAAAUCUCCAUACGAAAAAAUACAAAAAGUGCAAGGGGAAGGAAAUACUUAGCGGUGUUUAAAAUCAGAGAAUGUUCUGCUGCUGCUGCUGCUGCUGCUGUUGCUGCAACUGUACUAUCGAAAUCACGCGAGUGUGCCCAGUUUGAUUUUUCGAGUGACGACGUGACCAGUACCAAGAAUAACGGAGCGAGUAAAUGCAAAACGGAUCUCGAACUUAUUUCAAGAGAAUUGUAUAACUUUGGUGACACGAGUAUGGCGUUAUGCUCGUUCUCGAUCGGUUCACGAAUUCCAGAGAGUUGCUGCAUCUUAAAGAACGUCGAUCGGUUCCAGUUGUUUGAACCGUACACAUGAAACUUUUGUGCUGUAUAAAAUGGCGUAGACGAAGAUACAAGAAACGUGAUCGCAACAUACACAAUACGGUUCUCGUAUUUUACCAUGAGCGAAGCAAACAUUGUGUUCAAUUUAAUAACAAUUUCGUAAAGAAAUGAAAUCGCUUAUUAUUGUUUGUAACAUUGGACCUUGCGCGAUCAACUUCAGUGGAAGCGCAAGAAUUUCGAUUUCCCGGCCACGUUUUUGAAAAUCUCGAGGAACCGAAGUCAUUUUUUUAAUAAAUACUGAUUUCCUGUUUUUUUGGUUUUCUCAAAAACUCGGGUCUCUAUAAGAUUGCUCUUAUCCAACGAUUCCUGCGAUUCUUCAAAAAAUUCAACUUUUUCUUUAACCUUUCGCCCAUUGGAAUAGAAUUAAAAGUUCAAUGAACUGCAGGUUCGGCGUCUGAUGAAGACGUCGACGGUCGCAAAAUGACUUCCACCGAGGACGGUGAUCUGAUCGAUCUCGGGAACGAUAUCUGCGUGCCAAGGGUGUCGAUCGAAGAUUGCUCGUCCGACGAGCAGGAACAUCUUCUGGACGUGUGUCCACCGAAACUAGAGGAAACGCUGUCGUUGACCAGAAAGCAGGAACAAGUGCAGAGCAUCAGCGACAAUGGUUACGUAUUGGUCACCCUGGGUCACGAUCAAGUGGUACCGAUUCGUAAGAGGAUCGACGUGGUCUCGUCGGACACGAUAAAAAGGGUUCGCGACAUUACCAGGAACUUAGAACCAGUUAUAAGGAAGACCUGUUCCGAUAUUAAUGAGGAGCAUCAGGACACGGUCGAUCAUGGGAGCGCGUCGACUCGCGAAGACGGUCAUUGUUCUACCGAAAAGCAGGAGGACGAAACGUUCGAGGCGCAGGAGAUCAACAAUGCCUUCAACUUUCUCACAGAACACGACGAUACCGAGGAGCAGACCGAAUUAAAUGGUAACGGAUUAACGACCGAGGACGAAGAUCUGUUAAAAUGUCGUCGAGCAUCGAGUUGGAAAAACGUGGACUCGAAUAAUCCAGCCUUCGAAUUGCCCACGAGUUUGAACAUACCUUGCGAGAACGUAUCGAGAAAGAUUAAAUCGAUCUCCGUCGAUCGUGAACUGGAAGCAGGUAGCAAGGCUGCUGUUAAGAAACGUUGCGAAGAGCAAACGAGCAAGAAAGGAGGAAUUUUUCAGCACAUGCAUCGUAAAUCGUGGACGGAGGGGAGUACGUUCGAUAGUUUGCCACAGGACACGUUUUCUCGAUUUCAUAGAUCGCCCAGUUUGAGGGAGUACAAUUGUGGACCAUCGACCUCCACCAAUGGAAUUCAUAGACAGACUAGUUUUACAUUGAGCUGUUCAACGGGGGAUGAGGUAGACACGAAUCCAGAGGACGGAUGUUCCGAGUGUUCGGAAGUAGACUGGUCGUGGCUGGAGGAAGUGGAGUGUCCACGGGCUACGGAGUCGUUAGCACCGGUUGCGGUUGACGCGGUACAAGAGAAUCCUGAACGAGGAGGGAGCGCAUCCCCCACCAGUGAAAAUGCGAGGCGCAGGCGCGGUUGCGAGCACCGUGCUACCGAUGCGGGUUGCAGUGGCGCGAUGUCCGUCUCUGGGACGGUGAAGUCCCUCCUGGUGGUCGGUGGUUCUCGAUGGUCGGCCUCCGAUCCUCUGCCCGUACCGAACGACACCGAACAAGAUGAAACGACGGGUUGCAACGCGAGCAACGAAACGAUCGAUCGUGAAACACGCGACACCGGUGGUACCCUGGUUAAUUCUUGGGUACGAGCCUCGAUGAGACGUCUCCGCCACCUGAGACUACCGGAAGGAACGGACCGGCAACGGAGCACCGAUUCGACGAACCAUCGCGCCGGUACGAUCGUGUCUGCGCCGAACUCUUUACCGGACAUCGCUCUGAUCGCUCCAGAGAUUCUUGCCGCCCAGACGAACGGUACAUCCGGCACCCUGCUCAGGCCGUCUAGCGCACCCGUUCGAAACGUCCACGGUUCGAGCCUGGUGUCCCCGCGAAGGGGUGGUCGACAAUUUCGAGGAAGUCGAUCGCAAGCGAACAGAAGCCGGGAAGUUUCGUCGAGGCAGAGCAGUGUCCUCUCGACGACUACCGGCAGCGACACGAUCACCUCAGGAACCACGACGUGUUCCAGCUCUUUCGGCGGCGCUUCCACCAGUCCACCUUCCAGCACGGCAACCAGUCCGCAACGUAUCGCUUCUAGACGGAUAUGCGAAAGGCAAAGAGACGUCGACAGAGACGAGGACCGAGGAGAGGACGAGGAUGAGGAUGCAAAUCCAUUGGGGAAGUGGCCGCAUGCUCUUAGUCCAGCCUUGGCGUGUCUCAGUUGCACCCUUGGUCUUUUUAAUAUAAGUAGAUUCUCUAUACUUAGCAUACAAUUCGGAGCAAACUUCAUUGUACAAUUUUUGAUUUUGUCCUUGGUAUUGGGCAUUCCGCUUCUUACAUUACACGUUUGUCUCGGGCAAAGAUUAGCGGCUGGAUCCGUGGAUAUGUGGAGAAUUUCGCCCUUGUUUCAGGGUGUUGGUAUAGCUCUCUUAAUUGCACAAGCCUUUAUUGGUAUUUAUAGUAUCAUUGGUGUGUCCUGGAUGUUCGUGUACUUUAGGGAUUCGUUUAUAACGAAACAGGACAAGUACCGAUGGGCAGAACCGUUUUCUUUCUACAGAGAAGACAAACCUGCACAGAAUAACAGCAACUUGCACAAACUUUAUGAAACAGUACCGGAUUACUUCAGCGGAGUUGUUUUACAAAGGCAUCAAUUAAACGAAUCGGACACCGGUGUCGUAACGUUAAAAUUUCAGGUCGCUUUUAAUUUAGCCGUUGUAUGGAUGAUCGUGUUUGUAUCGUUAAGUAAAGGUUUAAGAUCGUAUGGUAAAGUAGUAUACGUUUUUACACUGGUACCUGUGUUUGGUACUUUGGUUCUUUGUACAAAACUACUUGGUCUCACACCUCCGGGUUCUAUACAUCAACUCUUUCCCGCCACCGUCUGGGCCGAGUUUUUCAUUAAUGGAAAAUCAUGGGUAGCAGCAUCCAUCGAGGUUUUUCUCACCUGGGGAUUGCUCGGUGCAGCUGCCAUGCAGAUAGCUGCUCAUAACAAGCACAAACAUUUACUACAACGGGACACGAGCCUCGUGAUAGUACUAACCAUCGUGGUUCUACUUCUCGCGGCUUUCCUAGCUAAUACUUGUGUACAAAUUCUCAAGCAUUACGGUUACAUUUACAUACCAAGUUCGUUCGAAAGAAUAUCGUCGUACGUGUUUAUGAGACCAGUGAACCAACCAGCACCACCAGGGUACAGUAGUACACCGGAGAGAUUUAUGACCCACGCCUCGUUCAUCGUUGGGGAACGCGUAACUCGUCCUGGCGCGGAUUUUACAACGGAAUCUGGUUACCAAGCGUUAAGACUUUCCACCGAAUUAUUUCCAGCGACACUAGCGUUACUUGGCACGGAGCAGGUGUCGCCUUUUUGGGCAGUCCUUUUCUAUUUUAUCCUUAUUCUCUUUGGAAUAGCUCAACAGCUAGCGAUAUGGCAUUGCGUGAUAACUGGUAUCAUGGCUAUCAACGCAAAAAUGAUGAAGCUAUGGGAAACUACCAUCACGUUUUUCAGCUGUGCUUGCGCUUACAUCUUGGGUUUGCCGAUGGCCACAGAGUUGGGGAUACACGUCGUUUAUUAUCUUGAUUAUACAAUUGGUGGAACUUGGUGGAUCAUGAUUUUGUACUUGGUGCAAGUCGGUGCUGUAUUUGCGGUUCGUGGUCGUCCACAUAGCGGUGAAGCUGUAGUUGCUGAAUUAUUUCCACCAACUGGUCGAUGUCUCAGACACUGGGCUGGUCCUCUCUUAUCGUUCACGUGGAACGUUGUGCUGCCUGUUAUUCUUAUGGUACUUAGCAUUACGGUAUUCAAGAAUGCUGGAUUCCGAGAACUUUAUUCUUAUCGUCGUUCAGCCAGAGAAUAUUGGGCGAUAUGGACGAGACAACUUGGGGCUGCUAUUCAACUAAUACCAAUUCUAACGAUACCAGUGGUGGCUAUAAUCCAAACCUGUCGAUACCUGAACAACGGUCCACCCGAUAUAUUUGAUGUAAGGGUCCGAAACAAUCAAACGGAAGUUAAUGUAAAUCACUGCGAGCAGUGUAACGGCAGAAUUCAGUUGCUGUAUCGACCGUCCUUGGAACCGGAUGACCCAAGGGAUACGCAAACGCAUAUUGGAAACGAUACGGGUACCAGCAUCCACGGUAAUGGGAUCGUGCCAACCAGCACGGAAGUACCGUUCGAGGAUCCACCGCCUAAAUAUACGCCUCCUCCGAGUUAUACAACGGCAACGGGCGCGAGGAUAGCGAAGAUGUUGCGUCAAAGUUUUCGAAGAAGCGUGAGACGAAUAGCGAACGUACUCGGCGAGAGUAGCGCUCCGAGACAAAGACCGGCCUUACAACCUCCGCCACCCGAUUACGCGACCGUCCUGGUGGAAAUGAAUCAAGGCAGACAAACUCAGGACGUGACGAUUCACGUGUCCGAGUCGAGAACCGAGAACAACGGGAACGUUCGAAACAAUGCUACCGAGAGACAUCGACCUAACACGAUCGACAGAACAACCAGAAUUAAUAUGGUUGGCUGUUCGUUAGAGAGAGCUCAUUCGACCUUGGAAAGAGUUCGACGACCGUGUACCACUUCGUCGAGCAGUUCGAACCUAACCGCAGUGGAUGUUGCGAAUUUACUUCGAAGUAGCAUUAGAAGAGGAACAACGAGGACUCAACAGUCCCUACGUAGAAGUUUCUGCCACGACGAACCGACGGCGGCAGCGUCUGUUGAGAAUCUAGUCGAGGCUGCAGCGCCGAUCGGCGAAGAAUCCUUGGUCCUUCCGAAGGACGUAUCUCUAGUCUCCAAUGAACAGGCUAACGAUAAUAGCGACGAUAAAAAGACUGCCCGCGAAACGGAUGAUUCCGUUUCUGUGAUAUAGACUUAUGUUCUUUCGUUCGAAGUUCGUUUACCAGGAACAACCGACGGUUGCUUAAUUCUUGUUACGUUAUUGCAUCGGUGAUUUAUGUAUUUCUCUUAUCCACCCGCGUUAUCGAUUACUCAUUCUUCGAGGAAAUUUUCGUUGCUGACUUUUGUUUUGUAAUCUAACGUCAAAUCGUGGAAAUGUAUUUAUCGCGAAAGAUUGAUGGAUUACCGAUGAUGUGUCCGCUCAUCAAUAACCGAGAAUGUAAUUUUACCCUUCUUUUUAGACUGAAUUCAGUAUUUUUUUUUUUUAAUCUCGUCACAGCUGACAAAUAAUUGCAUAAUAUCAUCGUUUUAUUUAUCGCGACGAUUAACUAACGCGCAAACCAAUACCAAGUAAUGAUAAGCGGUAAGAUUUUCUAUGGAUAAACUCGGUUUCGUCUCCCCACGACGAAGUGCUUAUUGUAUAUAUAGUGUUUUAACGAAUGAUUUUAAGAGAAAUUUGCUUGUUAAAUAUUCCCGUUAUUGAUCGUAAUGAUCAUUUUAUGCUACAACUGUAUAGUCCGUCCAAGUUCAUCAGAGCCGAUAUUUUACUUUUCGAUAGACGGAAUGGAAAACCAUCGCGAAUAAGUGAAAUGAUUGACACUGAAUUGUGUGUUUUAUAAUCUAUAUGUAGUAUAUGAUUAAACGUUGAAUUACGAUCGAACAACAAAAAAAAUGUAAAAAA